GACCUCUCUAGUGUCUCUCUGCUCUCCCGCUAAAAAAACCCUUAAACCCUAAACCCUCUAAACCCGCUCUCUCUCUCUCUCUCUCUCUCUCUCUCUCUCUCUCUCCAUGGCAGGCUUAGCAGCCAGAUCCAACCCUCUCAUCUCAUACGUCCCUACCUUCCUUACAUGGCGAUCCUUGGCAUUCCGCAGCAUCUGCAGCGGCCGCCUGGGUUUCAUGUGCGAGCCCGAAGCUACCGCCUCUGCCGGCACGAAGGUUCUCGAAACAUUCAGGGAGGAAUUUGAGAUUGGAUCGCGCACGAUCUCCUUCGAGACUGGGAAGAUUGCUCGGUUCGCGAAUGGUGCCGUCGUGAUGGGCAUGGAAGAGACGAAGGUCCUCUCCACCGUCGCGUCAUCCAAAGGAGACGGAGUUCGGGACUUCUUGCCGCUCACCGUUGAUUAUCAAGAAAAGCAAUAUGCCCAAGGUGUCAUUCCGACCACAUUUAUGCGGAGGGAAGGCGCCCCAAAGGAACGUGAACUUUUAUGUGGUCGUAUCAUCGAUCGACCUAUUCGGCCAUUAUUUCCAGCUGGGUUUUACAAUGAAGUCCAGGUAAUGGCAAGUGUUCUUUCAUCUGACGGGAAGCAAGAUCCGGAUGUAAUGGCAGCUAAUGCCACAUCUGCUGCUCUUAUGUUAUCAGAUAUCCCUUGGGAUGGCCCCAUUGGAGUGAUACGUAUUGGGAGGAUAUAUGGAGAAUUUGUUGUCAAUCCUAGCAUGGAUGAGCUUAGCUUAAGCGACCUCAACUUGGUAUAUGCUUGCACAAGGGAUAGAACUUUAAUGAUAGAUGUACAAGCCCGUGAGAUCUCAGAAAGAGAUCUAGAAGCUGCGCUAAGGCUAGCUCAUCCUGAGGCUGUCAAAUAUAUUGAGCCUCAAAUCAGACUGGCAGGAAAAGCAGGAAAGUCUAAGAAAGAAUAUAAGCUGUCCAUGAUUACGGAUAGGAUUCUGGAGAAAGUCAAGAGCUUGGCAGAAUCUCCUAUUGAAGCUGUUUUCACAGAUCCAAAGUAUGGCAAGUUUGAACGUGGAGAAGCCUUGGAUAAAAUUACACAAGAUGUGAAAAAGAUACUUGAAGAAGAGUGUGAUGAAGAAAGCUUAAAAGUUCUGCCAAAGGCAGUUGACACUGUAAGGAAAAAGAUUGUUCGUAGAAGGAUUAUUGAGAAGGGGCUUAGAGUUGAUGGUAGGCGCCUUGAUGAAGUCAGACCUUUAUAUUGUGAAUCUAGUCAUUUACCAAUAUUGCAUGGAUCGGCUCUUUUUUCUCGUGGAGACACUCAGGUGCUGUGCACAGUGACACUUGGGGCACCUGGAGAUGCUCAACGGCUGGAUUCUCUGGUCGGCCCCCCCACGAAGCGUUUCAUGCUUCACUAUAGUUUUCCACCAUUCUCAAUUAAUGAGGUUGGUAAACGAGGAGGCUUGAAUAGGCGGGAAGUUGGCCAUGGUACACUUGCAGAGAAAGCUUUGCUAGCUGUAUUACCUCCAGAAGAUGAUUUCCCAUAUACUGUCCGUGUCAAUUCGGAAGUCAUGGCUUCUGAUGGUUCAACAUCAAUGGCGACCGUCUGUGGAGGGAGUAUGGCAUUGAUGGAUGCAGGAAUUCCGUUAAGAGAACACGUUGCAGGUGUUUCAGUGGGACUUGUUAGUGAAGUUGAUCCAUCUACUGGGAUGACUACAGAUUAUCGGAUACUGACAGAUAUAUUGGGUCUUGAAGACCAUUUGGGGGACAUGGACUUCAAAAUUGCUGGCACACGGAAAGGAGUUACUGCAAUUCAGUUGGACAUAAAACCUGCUGGAAUCCCCCUUGAUAUCAUCUGUGAAUGUCUGGAUCCAGCACUGAAAGGCCGCCUGCAAAUCCUCGAUCAUAUGGAACGAGAAAUAGAUGCCCCGCGUACUCAAGACAAUAGAAACGCCCCGCGAUUAGCUACCUUGAAAUUCAGCAAUGAAUCCCUCCGGCGCUUGGUUGGACUUCACGGUUCUCUAAAGAAAAAAAUUGAACAGGAAACAGGUGCUCGAAUUUCUGUGAGUGAUGGAACGCUUACCAUUGUUGCUAAGAAUCAAACAGUCAUGGAAAAGGCCCAAGAAAAGGUUGAUUUUAUCAUCGGACGUGAGAUUGAAGUUGGUGGAACUUAUAAAGGUGUCGUAUCCUCAGUCAAAGAGUAUGGUGCUUUUGUGGAAUUUAAUGGUGGUCAACAAGGCCUACUGCAUAUUUCUGAGUUGUCACAUGAACAGGUGUCUCGAGUUUCUGAUGUAGUAUCUGUAGGACAGGAGCUGUCUUUAAUGUGCAUUGGGCAGGACGUUAGGGGCAACAUUAAACUCUCUCUAAAGGCUACUUUACCCCAACCAGGAUCCGAGUCGAAGAAUUCCAUUGCUGGAAAAUCUGCUGCACCUAUUAGACAAACACCUAAUGUUUGGGCAUCAGUAGCAGGCAUUUCCGACUCCAAAGAGGACCAGAACCCUGUUAUUAAUGGCUCUCAAAUCAGCAAAAAUGAAGAUCAGGUGAAUUCUACUGCGUAUUCGUCAACAUCCAUCGUAAUCCGAAGUGCCGCGGAAUGUGAUGAACGGGAUAGUUCCACUGGUCAGACAUUCCCCCAGAAAAAUGAGAAGAGUAUGAGAUAUUCUCCAAGACCCAAAAAGGUUUUGGAAUCAGAUCCUACACCCGAGCCAUUCCCGAUGCCAGAGAAUGUUAAUGGAUGCAAUUUUCCGAACUCUAACAUGGGUCUUUUCUCACAUAACAAAGCUAUGAAUUCAACGCCUCUUAUGGGGAAGCAGAAAGGGGUAAAUGAUAAGCCGAAUGGUUUACAUGAAGGUGGCAUUAGUGCAAAGUCCCUAAAGCUCGGAGACCGUCUUACUGCCAAAGUUUACCAACUACGUGCACAUGGGCUAGUCCUCGAGUUGGGCAGCGGAAUUCGUGGAAUGUAUCGAUUUGAGACGAAUGGAACGAGAGACUUUGAGGUUGGCGAAGAGCUCCUCGUGAAGUGUUCAAGUUUCUCUACCAAAGGAAUUCCGGUGAUGUCUUUGUUGGAAGAUGAGUAAUCAAAGCAUUUGGCAUCUGAUCUAUUGAGUAACAUUCCAUUAACGGAUGAUUGGAGGAACUCAAGUGAUGCAUGAAAAAUCAUCUAUCAGCAAAGAUGCCAGCCUAUCCAACUGUCAUCAUCGAUCGGCUAUGCAAAAUGAUCGCUGCCCAUCUCCUGUUGUUGGCGGCUUGCUGGAUUUUCUUACAGAAUUGCCAUCCGCUGGCCAGACAUUAAAAUCAAACCAUCAUCGGCUGAUUGAUAUCAGCCAGUUUUGAUUGUGGUGUUUCAGAAAAGAAUCCCGUGGAUGGUUUGAACUUCCAUGUCAUGCUUUUAGUGAGUUUCUUCAGUUCAUGAAGGCUUGUCUUAGGCUGUGUCGGCAUGAAUUGGAUUGUUGUAUAUCUUCUUCUUUUUUCUUUUUUAAUUUUAAUUUAUGGAAAUUUUGUUUACAUGUUAAACAAAAAUAAGGAUGAAGUGAAAAGGCCCACAUGCUGAGAUGGCCUGAUGAUUUGAA